AGAUGCAGCCCCACUAUAACAGAGGACAGAGAAGUAUUCGCUCAAGUGGGUGUGAGCGGGAGAGGAGGGGUUAAAGAUGGGGAGGGUAUAGAUCGCAGACGGAGCAGUAGUGGGGUAGGCUGGAUUGUGAUAGCGACAGAUGUCUAGAAAACUGUGAGGGGGCACUCCUCACUUGCAACACAGUCUCUCACUGCACCUCGGAGAGCAGGGGCGGAAUCUGCAGCUGUCACUCCAAAGGUUUACCUCCAUUAGCACACAUCCAGCCGGAGCGUGGACAAGAAAUUUGAAGUGAUCACUCUCUGGAAAAACAGGUUGGUCUCAUUUCAAAUAUUUUUACUUUAUUUUCAUUCUCAACAUGUCAUUGAUAUAGUAUGUUCAGCAGGAGAAAAAGAAAGAAAGAAAGAAGAAAAAGCUAGAGAGAUUCCUAUGAGCAGUGGCUCACCUAUUGUUCUCUCUUUCUCUGCUUUUCUCUUAUUAUGCAAAUUUGUACAUUUCAAGGCUGACAUUGUAAAAGCAGGAUUUGGUCUUGCCCCAUUUUCAACAGUUGAAUUCGAUUUGGUACGUCUCUUAGUGCAGCAGAGCAGGUUUUAAAGUAAGCAAGGUGAUUUUAAAAGCCUCUAAAGCUUCACUCAAUGUAAUAAAGUUGUAGGUCUUGUUAGGCAUCAGCACGUUUUUGUACUUAUUCGGUUUUUUUCCCCUGUUUAAUGCUGUGUAAGAUCGACAUUUGCAAACGGUGAACAAAAAAAAAGGGCAGAGCAGCAGAGAGGAGCUGAAGCAGUGGGUGGGUUGAAAUGGGGGAUGGAGACCCCUCUACAGCCUUUAUCACUGAAGUGUCUUCAGCCGGUGUUAAGUGUAAUCUCCCUGUAUAGGAGCACAGGCCUCUCUCUACUCUUCACUUUAUAUUAGAAUAAGACAAGUGUUUGCUGCCAAUUUUGCACAGCCCAUUACUUUGGUCAGUGAGGAGCUGCUGGUGAGGAAUCUACAUCCUUUGUUACAGGCCACAGGCACAUGCUUCCUGAGCUUGUGUCUCCUUUUUUCUAUCCAAAAUGAGUGUGAAGCUUUCUGUCUCCUGUGCAUUUGUAAUCAGAGACAAGGUUGGACAUUUUUAGGUAAAAUAUAAUGUGAUUUGAUGUUGAACAGUAACCUUUCUCCUUUAACUGCAUGUGCCUUGUCUGACAAAGACAAAUUAUUUAUAGGGGGAAAAAAGCUAAUUAACAAUAUCUGUACAGAAAAUAAAGCGGGCAUUGGAAAAAAAUGUCCAAAAGUCGAUUAGUUUUGAGCUGCUGUUCCUGCUGGUGGGAUAAAUAUAUUUAUAAAUGGAGGGGUCAUUACUGUAAAUUGAUGGAGGGGCUUGGCAGAUUGUAUAGUAGGUGGUGCAUCUUGUCUUGGUAGCCUCUUUGUAGCACUAUGGACAGUUCCCAAAUCAUGUGUACCCACAUGCUACCAUGAAGGGUAAAAAUCUUGAUAGUAGACAACAUGUGGAAGUUCAUGUUGAUUGCAGAAGCAUUCGUCAAAUUGAAAUCCGCUAAUCCCAAAUUCUAGCUUUAAUGCCAGUGUAGAAUAUCUUCUGUGUUUUGCAGUAGCGUGGGGUUCAAGUGCUGUAAUGUAUUCAGACAGGUUGAUUUGUUCAGGGUCAGCUGACUCACAAUCAGUAAGGUAAAGUUGAACUUCCAGUUCUCUUUUCUGACUCUUGGAGGAAGUUAAACUCUGUGGCAAUCAUAAACUCCUCCUAUACAGCUACUGCGGUGUUGUGACAUCAGCUCAAAUUCAUGUCUCUAGGGCACGUUUGCUUUAUGCCAUGAACAUGCCAAUUUGAUUGAUCUUGUUUUAUGCUCACCUAAUUUUUUAAAAAGAAAAUCCAGUUUUUUACAUGACUGUGACCACAGGCCUUGGGUUUCCUCAGGCUAUGUGUAUUCUGAAACUCCCAUCAGACUGGCUUGUCAUGUUUUAGAGGAAUAGCUGUAUAUCUAAAUGAUAGAAGAUAGAGGUUUGAAUGAAAGUUUGGCACUGAGCCUCACACAACAUUCCUGGAAGUGUAGAGAGUCUGCAGAGUUGUCUGAUCUCAGCAAGGUUCCCAUGCAUUUACAUUUGCUUUCGAGCCAAAACGUGUUUGGCAGAGCCCAGGUUCCUAAAUGAAUUUCCCGUUCACUACCAGACAAAAGAGGUAUCACUAUAGAUGUUUCCCCAAAAGAUCAGUCUUUUACAUCUGAAGGAAGCAUGUGGUGGAGGCUGCAUUUUAAAAAGUUUGACUCACUGCAUUCCUAUCACGUUUAAAGGUUAACCUCAAAAAAGUAAUCUGGUCGAUGCUUCAGAGAAAUAGUUAGUCAUUGGUUUGUCUGUUUCCUUACAACUAGAUCAUCCUGGGUUGAAACCUUCCAGCUUUUGCCUUCUCAUGAGGACUUUUCAUGCUAUUGCAUUAGCAUGACGCUUCUUGCCUAAUGCAUUUUAGGUGAAUUAGUACGAUGAAAUUGUAUAAAAAUUGUGUUCUUGAUAAACAAUCCAUGUAUAGUAUGUUACUGGAAAAUGAACCUUUUGUUAAAAGGAUUCUUGUUAUAAUAGACUGAUUAAAUGAAAAGGUUAUAAAUCUUAAACUUUUGUUCAUUUGUCUCUAGGGGAGACCAUGGGAGGCAAACUGAGCAAGAAGAGAAAGGGAUAUGAUGUGAGCGACCCAAAGGGAGCGAAGGAUGAGGCCCCAGCAAAGGCUGCAGCUGCAGAGGCGCCUGCUACAACCCCAACCUCACAAGAAAAGUUGCCAGCUGAGGCAAAUAAUGUUGCAGAGGAACCUGUGGCAGCAACGGCAGAAGCUGUUCAAGCUCCAGACGAGCCCAAAACUGCCCCUCCAGAGGAACCAGUUGCAGCAGCAGCAGUGGAGGCUGCCCCUGUUGCAGAAGAACCAGUUGCACCAGUGGAAACAGCCGUAGCAGCACAGGAGGUAGUAGCAGUUGCAGAGGAACCAGCAGUAAAAGUGGAGGAGGCAACUCCAGCUGCUGAAGAAUCAGUUGCAGCAGUGGUGGAGGAGGCAGCUCCAGCUGCAGCAGUGGUGGAGGAAGUUCCAGUUGUAACAGAGCCAGCUGCAGCAGUGGUGGAGGAAGUUCCAGUUGCAGAAGAACCAGCGGCAGCAGUGGUAGAGGAAGCUCCAGUUGCAGCAGUGGUAGAGGAAGCUCCAGUUGCAGUAGAGGAAGCUCCAGUUGCAGAGGAACCAGUAGCUGCAGCCGUGGUGGAGGAAGCGCCACUUGCAGAGGAACCAGCAGCUGCAGCAGUGGUGGAGGUUGUUUCAGUUGCUGAAGAACCAGCUCCAGUGGUGGAACCGGUACUUGCAGCAGAAGAGGCAGUCACAGAAGCAGAGGUGUCGGCCCCAGUAGAGACCCCAGAUGCUCCAGUAUCAACUCCAGAAGAACCCGCUGCCACACCUGAGGAACUCCCUGUUGAAGAACCCGUUGCAGUUGUAGAAGUUGUUACAGAGCCAGAGGUUGCACUUGUGGACCAAGAGCCCAUCCAAGAGACUGUUACUGAGUCGGAAGCAAUUGUGGUGUCUGAACCUGAGCCAGUUGCUGAACCAGCUUCAGAGCCAGUGCUGGAGCAAACCCCCGAACCUGAGCAAAUUGUUGAGCCAGUGAAAGCACCAGAGCCUGAACCUGAACCAGAACCAGAACCGCAGCAAGUACUUGAGCCAGAGCUUGAGCAGAAGGUUGAGGCGAUAGAAACGGCAGCGGUGGUUGAGCCUGAAUCACUUGCAACCACAUCUGACAUUACUGAAGCACCUGUGGUCCUGGAGACAACAGCAGAGGAGGUUCCCCCUGUUGAAGCUGAAUCCGUUGCAAACACUGAGGCAGUAGCUGAACCAGAGGCAGCAUCGGCACCUGAAAUUGUCGUCUCUGAGUCCGUCUCUGCAAGCGAAAUCACUGCUGAGGUUGAAGAGGUUGCUGAAGCCCCUGUGGAAGAGGUGCCCUGCCCAGUGCCUGAGGUAGAGAGCCAGGUGGAAAAUGGGAAUGUAGAGAUCACUGCUGUUACAGAGGGUGUGGUAGAAGUGGAAGCAGUCCCUGCUGUGAAUGGAGAGUGCACAGAUUCCGCUUCUACACCAGUGGAGGAAUGUGUAAAUGGAGAGGAGGCACCUAUCAAGGAGAAGAGUGACUUUGAACUGAAAAAGGAGGUGAAUCUGGGUGGGGAUGUCCAAGAAGUUCCAGAUUCAGUCCCUGACAUGGUGGAGCCUGUCAGCACAGAGGUCACCCAGGCAGUCUGAAAAGAAGCCGCAAUCUAAAUCAAUGUGAAUUCAAUUUAAUCCUCGGAUGGCACCAGAAGGCCAUCUAGGUAUCACAAACACAGCUAGGCUUUCUGGAAUGCUGUAACCACCACAAUGUCUAUAACGGUAACUCAGGCAAAAAGGAUGUGUUCUGUCGAGUAACCAAAAAUGAAAUGCAACCACUUGAGGGUAGAAAGAGAGAGAGGGAAAGGCAGAGACAGAUAGAUGGAAGAAAGAAAGAGAGAUAAAAGGUGAGAUGAAUGUGCAGAGAUGAAACUUGAGUUUGGAAUUGAAGAGUGAGUGCAAACAGACAGUGAAACUGGACAGCAGAGAAAAAAAAAACCAACAACAUACCGGACAGUAAAUAUGAUAUAAAUGAAUGAAAUGAUUAAAUCUGUCUUUGUGUGUGAGCUUGAUGAAUAUUAUGAAGUGGUCUCUUGGAACAGCAUUCAUUAUUAGUAUGUUAUCUGAUUUAGAAUGUCAUAUAUCCUUUCUAUUACUAUAUGCAAAGACAUGACAUAAAUGUUUUGGCCUUUUAUAAUAAUGGUACCUGUGAGGAGUGUUCUUUGGAAUUGAUUGUUCAGAAUAGAGAAUAAAAAGAGAUUGUUAUAGCCUAAAGUGA